GCAAGAAAGCUGCGGAGGAUUCUUAUCGAGAAUAAGAUUCUGGCAAGGAACAUGGCAUGGACUGACCUCAGUCUCCAUCACAGCAAGUUCUUUGUCAACGACCCAGUGGGCCAAGCGGCCUGUGCAUGGAUCGUGCGCUACAGCUCCAGUUGUUAUAAAAUGCAUGCCUCUCUCCGUUUCUAAUUUUGUUUCUGUACUGUAGACCUCUCCAUUCAUACUGCAUCAUGAAGUUCUCUACUCUUGCUGUUCUCAGCGGGCUUGCGGCCUCGACCUUUGCCACCCCUACCCCUCCAACUCAUGUUGUACAUGAGAAGCGAGAACAUCAACUCAACAAGUGGUCACGACGAAGUGUCAAGCUCAAUCGUGAUGCCGUUAUUCCCAUGUCAAUCGGGUUGACACAGUCAAAUCUUGACCAAGGUUAUGAAUUCUUGAUGGAUGUCUCUCACCCUGAGAGUCAAAACUAUGGAAAGCAUUGGUCUAUGCAAAAGAUCAAAGAGACUUUUGCUCCCUCACCUGCUACCAUUGAAGCUGUGAAGUCAUGGCUCAUUGAGAGUGGAAUCGAGCAAGAAAGACACAAACUCUCAAAUAGUUUAAGUUGGAUAAGAUUCAACGUCACUGUUGAAGAAGCAGAGUCACUACUCAAGACCGAAUACAGCAUCUACGAAAACACCAAUACCGGCAAGGAGCAUCUCGCUUGUGAAGAUUACAGUGUUCCGGCUCACAUCCAAGAGCAUAUUGACUUCAUCACUCCCACCAUUCACUUCGAUGCUACCGUCAAGAAGGAGAAGAAGACGAGGGACUUGCAAACUCGUGCCAUGAAAGUCAAGCCAACAAAACUUAUUAUGCCAGGACCUGAUACAGUCCCUCAACCAGAAGUCAAGUACACGCUAGCAAACUGCUAUGAGUACAUCACUCCAGACUGUCUUAGAGCUUUGUACAACUUCACAAACGGCACUCUCGCACAAUCUUCGUACGGAAUUGUUGAGUACACGCCUCAAGCGUAUCUGCAAAGUGAUUUGAACCUGUUCUAUUCCAACUUGCAACGCCAGAUUGCUUCUGGCACUGCUCCAACGAUAGACUUGAUUGACGGUGCCACUGUUCAAACCUCCACCCAGAGCUUCGAUGACAAUGGAGAGUCUGAUCUUGAUUUGCAAUAUGCUAUUGCUCUGGUCUAUCCUCAGAAAGUCACGUUAUAUCAGACAGGUGAUGCUGUAGAAGGAGCUUCGUUCAACAACCUUCUUGAUGCACUUGAUGCUUCCUACUGCACCUCAGGUGGUGGAGACAAUCCAACCUACGAUGCGAUCUAUCCCGACACUGCAUCCGGUGGGUACAAGGGUGCCGAGAACUGUGGCACCAUCACCCCAGCCUCAGUCAUCUCUACAUCCUACGGCUACAACGAAGCCGAUCUCCCAGCUGCCUACGAGGUCCGUCAAUGCAACGAGUACAUGAAGCUCGGUCUUGCAGGCACCUCAGUCCUCUACUCCUCUGGUGACUACGGCGUAGCAGGAAAUGGUGGCGAAUGCUGCACAGCCGCUAAAUGCGUAGGAGGAACGUACAACUCUGGCUCCUCAGGGACAUUCAACCCUGCCUUCCCGGCAACUUGCCCCUACAUCACCUCAGUAGGCGCCACUCAAGUUAAACCCAACACAGCCGUCACAGCCACCAAUCCCGAAGAGGCUUGCGAGACUGUCAUCUAUUCCGGUGGUGGCUUCAGCAACGUCUUUGCCAUCCCAAGUUACCAAGCUUCUGCCGUAGCGACUUAUUUCUCAGCCCAUAAACCAACAUACACUGCUACACAAUACAACAAUUCUCAAACUGUCAGAGGCUACCCCGAUGUGGCGGCUAAUGGAGCGAAUUAUGUCGUCGCAGUAGACGGUUCUCUAUCCCUUGUCUACGGAACCUCUGCUUCGUCCCCAGUGUUCGGCUCUAUUAUCACACUGAUCAAUGAGCAGAGAGUAGCGGCUGGCAAGGCGGCAGUGGGAUUCUUGAAUCCUACGCUUUAUGCUAAUCCCAGUGCGUUCACGGAUAUCAUUUCAGGAGGCAAUCAGGGGUGUGGGACGAAUGGGUUUACCGCUGUGGCGGGUUGGGAUCCUGUUACUGGGUUGGGAACACCGAAUUAUCCUAAGCUGUUGGCUGUUUUCUUGGCGUUGUCUUAGAUGAUAAGUUGGAUUGAUGUGUUGGUGUCACGUGUGAGCGGGUGUUGAUUGGAACUGGAAUUUUGGGAAAUUUUCACUGUAUCUUUUUGAAAAGGAUAAUUUGAAGCUAUUUAACGCUCAAUCUGGUGGCUCUGAUUCUGUUAUUACCUUUAUCCGAAGGAUAAAGAGCCUCACCCGAAGAGUUCUAACGAGGAAUUUCAACCCGCAA